AUGUUGAAGGAGUCUGUCUUUUUCAGGCAAUCAUUCUGUGGCUCGGUAAUACCACCUACCGUGUAUGCCAGCGGCAGUAACGUCAUAGACGUCGUGCUUCAGACAAGUGGCUCAAGCGAAUUGCCUGGAUUCAAGCUGUAUUAUGAAAUGAUACCGGCGCCAACUAUAUCCCCAUGCAUAGGACACGUAGCUCUGACAGCUGCUCAGGGCAUCUUGUACGCUUCCCCUCCAGACUCGUACUUCAACUCCCAGGCGUGUUCAUGGGGAGUGACAGUAGCAACGGGCAAAAGAGUCGGAAUUUUCUUCCAGUGGUUUCAGACUGAGAGUUGCUGCGAUAAACUCGGUAUUAAAGAUUUAGCUACCUCGGCGUCACUGGGAGAUCCACUGUAUUCUGGAGAAAAGGCAAUUCCUCUAUUAACUUCAUCGGGAAAUUCAGUAAACAUCUCGUUCUCAACAGAUGGCUCUGUUCUUGACCUUGGAUUCCAGAUUUUCUAUUUCACAGCCAACUAAUGUAAAG